AUGACCAAGCGCACCAAGAAGGUCGGCGUGACCGGUAAAUAUGGUACCCGUUACGGUGCCUCCCUGCGAAAGCAGGUGAAGAAGAUGGAAAUCACCCAGCACGCCAAGUACACCUGCACCUUCUGCGGAAAGACCACCGUCCGAAGAAAGUCUACCGGUAUCUGGAACUGCCGCGCCUGCAGCCGAACCAUUGCUGGCGGUGCCUACACUGUUGCGUAUGUUGCCCACAAACCACAAGACGAGCCUGGACAAUUCCACGAGCGCGCCGCUCCCCCGGAAGUCAAUACUAAUGUUGCAAUGUCUACAGCACACCCGCCGCCGCUGCCAUGCGAUCAACUCUGCGACGAUUGA